GUCAUUACACGUAGUCACACAUCUCUAGGACAGGUCCAAUCCCUAUCAACUACCACCAACUUACUACACAUGUCCGUACACUAAGCUGUAAUUUGUGUUAAAUUCUAAUCCAGUACAAUUAUACUCAACUAUGUACUACUACUCUAUUAGGCAUAAGUAUUAGUAUUAUGUGAAUCCCAAAUAGUUACAUUGAUAAAUUAUUGACGACGCUUUUAUAACCACAGCAAUUCUGGCGUGACUCUCUCCGCAACUUUAUUUUAUUAUUUUCCUAUAAGUAUUAACAUUUCUUUCUCUUUUCAGUCUUCCACUAUAACUCACUACAUUCGCCGGAGACAAUGGCUUCAACGCGAUUGCUCUCUCUCCUCUCCCUCGUCACUUUCUCUCUCAUCCUCACCACGACCCAUGCUUCCUCCCGCUCUCUACCACCACCAUCACAUCAAACCACCGUCCUCGACGUCGUUUCAUCUCUCCAGCAAACCCAACACAUCCUCUCACUCGACUCGACCCUUUCAUCACUCUUCACCACCAACACCAACACCAUACCCGAAUCCGACCCGGUUCUCCUCAACUCAUCCUCUCCACUAUCACUAACCCUCCACUCCCGAGACACUCUCGUCGCCUCACAGCACAAAGACUACAAAAGCCUAGUACUGAGCCGACUCGACCGAGACUCAUCCCGAGUCGCCGGAAUCACCGCCAAGAUCCUCUUCGCCGUCGAAGGCAUCGACAGAUCCGAUCUCAAACCCGUCGACACCUCCUCAUACCAACCCGAGGAUCUAACCACCCCCGUCGUCUCCGGCGCUAGCCAAGGAAGCGGCGAGUAUUUCUCCCGCAUCGGAGUCGGAACUCCGGCGAAGGAGAUGUUCAUGGUCCUCGACACCGGAAGCGACGUGAACUGGAUCCAAUGCCAACCCUGCUCCGACUGCUACCAACAAUCCGACCCGGUUUUCGACCCGACAACGUCCUCAACCUUCAAACCCCUCUCUUGCUCUUCCCCACAGUGCGGCUCUCUAGAAGUCUCCGCUUGUCGCGCAGACAAGUGUCUCUACCAAGUUAGUUACGGAGACGGGUCUUUCACCGUUGGAGACUACGCCACCGAUACGGUGACGUUUGGCUCCAACGGUAAUAAAGUGAACGACGUCGCUUUGGGGUGCGGGCACGAUAACGAGGGACUGUUCACUGGAGCUGCUGGUUUACUUGGUUUAGGAGGCGGAGGCUUGUCAAUGACUAAUCAGAUCAAAGCGACGUCGUUCUCCUACUGCCUCGUGGACCGCGACUCGGGGAAGUCGUCGAGUCUCGACUUCAACUCGGUCCGAGCCGGGGACGACGACGCGACGGCUCCGCUUCUCCGCAACGCCAAGGUCGACACUUUCUACUACGUCGGACUCAGCGGGUUCACCGUCGGCGGUCAGCAGGUCUCCAUCCCGGCGGAGGUGUUCGCCGUCGACGCUUCCGGCGGCGGAGGGGUGAUUCUGGACUGCGGAACCGCCGUGACUCGGCUCCAGACUCAGGCUUAUAACUCGCUGCGCGACGCGUUCGUUAAGCUCACGGCGAAUCUAAAGAGAGGGACGUCGAGCAUCUCGCUGUUCGACACGUGUUAUGAUUUCUCGUCGUUGUCUAGCGUGAAGGUUCCGACGGUGGCGUUUCGUUUCACGGGAGGGAAGUCGAUUGAUUUGCCGGCGAAGAAUUAUUUGAUACCUGUUGAUGACGCGGGGACGUUCUGCUUUGCUUUUGCUCCGACGUCGUCUUCGUUGUCGAUCAUAGGGAACGUGCAGCAGCAGGGGACACGUGUCACUUACGAUCUUGCGAAUAAUCUUAUCGGGUUGUCGGCGAAUAAAUGCUAAAGAGAAGAAGUGAAUGAGAUUUGAUUAGUAGUUUUACAGCUAUAUAUGAUCAGUAAAACUCAUUUUUUUAUUUUCUUUGUAAUGGAAAACAAGUGUGAAUUUUUCUUUUGUUUAUUUUAAUUAAUUAUCAGUAGUUAUUUCCGUGUUUUAAUCGAUUAAUAAUAGGAUUAAUUAUUAUUAUAAAUUUGAAAAUGUUGUCUGAGCGAGAUGCUUUUAGUUAUUGUUUGAUAGUUUGUUGUUGUCUUUGUGAGAAAGUACAUGUCAAUUAGUUAAGUUUAUAUAAAAGUAGGAUCUUAUUAUUGUAAGGAAAGAAAAGUCUUCAAAACACUUUUGUUGUGGCCCCUAUCUUCUACUAUUAAAUAUCAAAACUGUUGUCUGAAUCUACCAACUGUACGAAACAAUCAAUGUGAAAAUAAAGCUCUUUUUC